AUCUGUAACAAAACAUUGCUUUUAGAACAGUCUGGCAACUACGAAUUCGCUAACUAGUUGCUUCUGGCAUUUUAUCGUUCAUUCGAUUUUGUUCUAUCAUCUAUGUUCGUCACAAUACAUUUGCGUAACCCGUUUUAACCCCUCGCCACACUAACUCACCAUGGCCACCAUGUUGCUUUUAUUGUGAACGUACGCCUUAGAGGUGGCGAAACUAUUGUGAAUAGAACUUUCGCUACUUCCUUAUACCAUGCCUAUAACACCGGCUCGCAAGCAUCUAAAUAACUUUUGUUAUACGUUGUAUUACUUUUUGGUAUUGGUACUGUAAUUGACAAUAUGGUUGUUAGGCCUUAUAACGAAGAAUUGAAAUACCUCGAGAAGAUAAGCGAUUGCUGUUGGCGGAUAAAAAGAGAAUUUCAGCCCAAUAUGAAAGUGGAGGGGUGUUUCUAUGUAAACAGCCGGUUAGAACGGCUCAUGCUAGAAGAGCUUAAAAACUCAUGUAGACCGGGAGCAGUCGGAGGUUUUUUGCCAGGAGUAAAACAAAUUGCUAAUGUGGCUGCUUUGCCAGGCAUUGUGGGACGAUCUAUAGGGCUCCCGGAUAUUCAUUCUGGUUAUGGGUUUGCUAUUGGAAAUAUGGCCGCAUUUGAUAUGCUCGAUCCCACAUCAAUAGUAAGCCCUGGAGGAGUUGGUUUUGAUAUCAAUUGCGGUGUACGUUUACUGCGUACAAAUCUCUUUGAAAAAGAUGUUCAACCUGUUAAAGAGCAAUUGGCGCAAUCUCUUUUUGACCAUAUUCCAGUUGGAGUUGGUUCUAAAGGUAUAAUCCCAAUGAAUGCUCAUGACAUGGAAGAAGCUCUUGAAAUGGGCAUGGAUUGGUCUCUUCGUGAAGGAUAUGUGUGGGCUGAAGACAAAGAGCACUGUGAAGAAUAUGGUCGUAUGUUAAAUGCGGAUCCAUCAAAAGUAAGUUUGCGUGCAAAAAAGCGUGGUCUUCCACAAUUGGGAACAUUAGGAGCAGGUAAUCACUAUGCAGAAAUUCAAAUUGUUGAUGAAAUUUAUGACAAAUGGAGUGCUAGUAAAAUGGGAAUUGAAGAAAAAGGUCAAGUAUGCGUUAUGAUACAUUCUGGCAGUCGGGGAUUUGGACAUCAAGUUGCUACUGAUGCUUUGGUUCAAAUGGAGAAAGCCAUGAAGAGAGAUCAAAUUGAAACAAAUGACCGGCAAUUAGCAUGUGCUCGCAUAAAUUCACAAGAAGGUCAGGAUUAUUUAAAAGCCAUGGCAGCUGCCGCAAAUUUCGCUUGGGUUAAUCGAAGCUCGAUGACUUUUCUUACGCGGCAGUCUUUUGCCAAAAUGUUCAACACAACUCCUGAUGAUCUUGAUAUGCACGUGAUUUAUGAUGUGUCCCAUAAUAUUGCAAAAGUAGAAAACCACAUCGUCGACGGCAAGGAAAAACAGUUGCUGGUGCAUAGAAAGGGAUCAACACGGGCUUUUCCACCACAUCAUCCUCUUAUACCAGUGGAUUAUCAAUUGACUGGCCAACCUGUUUUAGUAGGCGGUACAAUGGGCACAUGCAGUUACGUGUUAACUGGAACCGAGAAAGGGAUGCAUGAAACUUUUGGCUCUACAUGUCAUGGAGCAGGACGCGCUUUAUCCCGUGCUAAGUCACGACGGAACUUAGAUUAUAAAGACGUUCUUGAAAAAUUGGACCAGAUGGGUAUUGCUAUACGUGUGGCAUCACCAAAACUUGUUAUGGAAGAAGCGCCAGAAUCUUACAAAGAUGUUACUGAUGUCGUUGAUACAUGUCAUAUGGCAGGAAUUAGUAAAAAAUGUAUAAAAUUACGUCCAAUUGCUGUAAUUAAAGGAUGAAUAUUCGAAGUAAAUUUUAUCUAAAUUGUCAACAAAACCUGUGCCUAUUGUCCACUGUGGAAACUGCAUAUGUAUUGUAUACAUAUGUAUAUAUGUAUUGUAUACAUAUGUAUAUAUGUAUUGUAUACAUAUGUAUAUAUGUAUAGUAUAUUAGCAAAUAUUCGUAAUUUAUUGACUUUGAUUCAACUUAUUGGAAACUUUAUCGCAAUAUCAGAGAAUAUUUAUGAAUAGAGAAAGCGCAAAUCCUCAAUCAAAUCUUUUUGAGAACUAAUUUCUUUCACGUGAGGUAACUUCGAAAAAUAGAAAUACAAUGUGAGAAACGGGUAACAGGCUAUAAAUAGACACAAUGAAUGUUCUUAAAUAAAUAAUCGAUGCGCCUACCUA